AUGCGCCUUGUAACGCGUAUCGGCGGGUCACUCGAAGGCGCGAAUUUGCCGGACGGCCCGCCGCCUUUCCGGUUCUACUCCCUGUGGCUUCCGCCUCGUCUCGCGCAGCGGAAUGGCACGGAGGGUCCGCCUGUUCCCGCGCAGCUGCAGCAUGACGCGGCGGUUCCGCCGGUUCCACCCGUUCCGCCCGUUCCCGCAAAGGGAAAUGACGCGGAUCUUUUGCUUGAAGCCCCGCAAGCGGAACAGGUUUCGCGGGUCGGGGGAGAAGCGGUUAAGGAUGAGCAGGGGGAAGGGGGGAAGAAGCGGGAUGUGGUGGAAGCAGGGGGAUGCUGCGGGGAGGGCGGUGGGGAGGGCGGUGGGAAGCGCGCCGGGGAGGGGCUAUGGGGCGGUGAGUCAGAGGGAGCGGUGAUGGGGGGGGUCGGUGGUGGGAUGGGGGGUUGUCGUGUGGGGGUUUGCGGGUUACAGGGAGGACGGGAAUGGGCAAGAGAGUUACAUGCAAGGGGGAAAGAGGUGGGGGAAGGCCACGAUGUGGGGAUGGGGAUAGAGAUUGGGGAAGGGGGAUAUGUGGGGCUGGGGAACGAGGUGCGGGAGGGGGAAGAGGUGCGGAAGGGGGAAGAGGUGCGGGAGGGGGAAGAGGUGCGGGAGGGGGAAGAGGUAAAUGAAGAUGGGGAUGGGGAGGAGUAUGAAGUGGUGUCUGUGGAGGAGUGUGUAGGGGAGUGUGGGGUGGAGCGUGUGGGGGGGUGUGAGAGGGAGAGUGAGAGGGAGUGUGGGAGAGAGUGUGAGGAAGGAGAGGAGGAUGAUGAUGUGGUGGAAGUUCCAAUAGGGGACAACAGGUGGCGGGAUAUUAACGAGUUUUCUGGUGGGAGUGGCAAGGAGAAGGAAUGCUUAACGAGGAAGGGAAGGAAGGAGGGAAGAGGGAGAAAGGAAGGGAAAAGAACGGUGGAGAAGGAGAAGAGGAAGGGGAAGACGAAGCAGAGAGAGAGAGAAGAGGAGAGGGAGAGGGAGGAGGGGAGUGAGAGGGAGGAGGAGAUAGGGGAGGGGGCUUCCAGGCGGCAUUCAUUCAGUUUCCCCUCUUGCCGCCUGCACCUCUUAUUGCCUGCCCCUCUUACCGCCGGCCCCGUUGCCCGUUCUGCAGCGAAGGCCGCGUGUGGGUUGCCUCAAGGCCUUCAAGUCACUUUACCCACUAACGGCCUGCCCCUCUGCCCACAAUUGGCCCCCUGGUCCCCCCUUCUGCAGCAGAGUUCGUUCGUGUGGGUUUCCCUCCAUGCUGCUCAGCCACACCAAUACCCUUGCUCCCUCUAUCCCUCUCCCUGCCCCCGCAAUCACCAGUACCCAUGCUCUCACCAUCCCUCUCCCUGCCCCCGCAAUCACCAAUACCCAUGCUCUCUCUAUCCCUCUCCCUGCCUCCGCAAUCGCCAGUACCCAUGCCCUCAUCCCCACUGCUCUUGGACAUUCAAGCGCCGAUAUAACAUGGUGCGGCAUGCAAGGACGGUGCAUAGGGGGCAGGGAGGGAUUGGCGAAAUGGUACGGCAUGCGAGGAAGCAGCAUUGGGGGGUGAUGGGGAGUGGGGGGGGCGGGGUGAUUGGUGUGUUUGGCAAGGGGAGCGGGUGCGGAGUAAGGGGUGUGCGUUGGGGGAAGCGGGGGAAGAGGGCGCAUGGGGUAGCAGUGGGGAGGCGAGGAGGCGAGAAUAGGGCUGAUGCUGUGAGUGGGGAAGAGGGAAGGAAGGGGGAGGAGAAGGACGAAGAGGGAAGGUGGGAGGAGGAGCGGGAAGAUGAGGGAAGGAGAGGGGAGGAGAGGGACGAGGAGGAAAGAAGGGUGGAGGAGAGGGACGAGGAGGAAAGAAGGGUGGAGGAGAGGGGCGAAGAGGAGAGGGGGGAGGAGGAAAGCAACGAAGAGGCUUUCAGAAAGAAAGGCGAGCAUGGAGGUGAGAGGCAAUCAACUUAUGUGAGUGGAGAAGAGGGAAGGAGCAGGGAGGAGAGGGAAGAAGAGGGAAAGAGAGGGGCGGAGAUGGAUGGAGAGGGGGAAGUACCCCUGUCGCUUUCUCUCACAGAGGGAAGGGGAGGGGAGGAAAGGGAUGAAGAGGGAAGGGGAGAGAUGGAUGAAGAGGGAAGGGGAGGGGAGGAGAUGGAUGCAGCGGGGGACAUACUCCUGUCACUACCUGUGCAGGAGGAAAGAUGGGAGGAGGAGAGAAACGAAGAGGGUCCUAGGGAGAAAGGGGAACAUGGAGGGGAGAAUGAAGCGAGUGCUGUGAGUGGGGAAGAGGGGAGGAAGGGGGGGGAGAGGGAUGAAGGGGGAGGGGGAGGGGAGGAGAUGGAUGCAGAGAAAGAAGUACCCCUGUCACUUCCUGUGCGGGAAGAAAGGCGGGAGAUGGAAAGGUGGGAGGAGGAAAGGUGGGAGGAGAAAAGGAACGAAGAGGCUACUAGGGAGAAAGGGGAGCAUGGAGAGGAGAAGGAAGCGAGUGCUGUGAGGGGGGAAGAGGCAAGGAGGGGGGAGGAGAGGGAUGAAGAGGGAGUGAAGGGGAUCGACAAGGGUGAGGAGGGAAGGAUUGGGGAGGAGAGGGAAGAGGAGGGAAGGAAGGGGGAGGAGAAGGGCGAAGAGGGAAGGACAGGGGAGGAGAGGGACAAAGGGGCUUACAGGGAAGAAGGGAAGCAUGGAGGUGAGACAGAAAUGACUGACGUGAGUGGGAAAGAGGAAAGGAGAAGGGAGAAUAGGGAUGAAGAGGGAGGGUGGGAGGAGGAGGGGGAUGAAGAGGAGAGGAAGGGGGGGGGCAAUGUGGAGAAGGCAAUGUGGCAGUUGCAAGAAAAGGGGAUCGCAGUUGGAGGAGGGAGAGGGGAGGGGGGAGCUGAUGCAGUGAGGACAGACGAGGAGAUAGGAGCGCAUCCGGUCCUUUUCAGGGAAGACGGUGUGGUGGGUUUUGCAAUGAACCAGCUUCAGGUAGAUGGUGCCGCGGUUGGAAGAGGGAGAAAGGAGGGGAAAGGCGAUGCUGUGAGGGAAGAUGAGAAGGAAGGAGCUCAUUUGGUUUCUGUGGGGGGGAGAUGGGGGGAGAGCGGUGUGGAAAUGACAGUGGUCUGGCUUCAAGGGGAGAGUGGGGAGGGGAGGGAAGAGGAGGGAACCAAUGCUGUGAGGGAAGACGAGGAGCGAGCACCGCUUCCCGUCCGUCCCGAGGGGGAGGGCUGCAUGGGAAGUGGGGAAUUGAAUCAGUGUGAGAAAGAGGAAGAGGAGGAUGCGUGUGAGGAAGAUGGUCCAGAUGGAAUGGGGAAAGAGGAGGAAGUUGGGGAGGAGGCGGGGGAGGAAGUGAUGGAAGAUUUGGGGUUGGGAGAAAGUGGGGGGUUGGGAGAAGGUAGUUUGGCUGGAGAAGCUGAGGGGCUGGUGGAAGAAAGGACGGCGGGGAUAUGUGGGGAGAGAGGUAACGAUUGGAGGGGGCAAGAAGAGGGUAGAGAAGAAUCAGAGGAGGAGGGGGGUAGGGCAGAGGAUAGAGGAGGAUGGGAGAGGGCAUAUGAAGGAGGAGGAGGGGCGAUGGAAGAGGAAAAGGGAGGAGGGAAGGGGAAAGAGGAAGGGGGAGUAAGAGACAGGGCAGAGGAAAGAGGGAAGUGGGAGAGGGAAAGAGAGGACAUGGAUGGAAGGAAGGAGGAAGAUGCGGCGGGUGAGCAAGAGGUGCACACAAGUUGUGAGGUGCACACGAGUUGUGAGGCGCACACAAGUUGUGAGGCGCCCCAAACCACGGCGGCGCAGCAAGAGGAGGUGCAACAAGAGGGAGUGGGGCAAGAGGAGGAGGAGCAAGAGGGAGUGGGGCAAGAGGAGGAGGAGCAAGAGGGAGUGGGGCAAGAGGAGGAGGAGCAAGAGGGAGUGGGGCAAGAGGAGGAGAAACAAGAGGGAGUGGGGCAAGAGGAGGAGAAACAAGAGGGAGUGGGGCAAGAGGAGGAGAAACAAGAGGGAGUGGGGCAAGAGGAGGAGGAGCAAGAGGGAGUGGGGCAAGAGGAGGAGGAGCAAGAGGGAGUGGGGCAAGAGGAGGAGAAACAAGAGGGAGUGGGGCAAGAGGAGGAGAUACAAGAGGGAGUGGGGCAAGAGAAGGAGAAACAAGAGGGAGUGGGGCAAGAGGAGGAGAAACAAGAGGGAGUGGGGCAAGAGGAGGAGAAACAAGAGGGAGUGGGGCAAGAGGAGGAGGAGCAAGAGGGAGUGCAGCAACAGGAAGAGCAGGAAGAGGAGGUGCAACAAGAGGAGGAGCAACAGGAGGAGGAGAAACAAGAGGAGGAGGAGCAAUUGGAGGAGGAGAAAGAGAAGGAGGAGAAAGAGGAGCAGCAGCAAGAGGAGGAGGAGCAAGUGGAGGAGGAGAAAGGGAAGGAGGAGAAAGAGGAGCAGCAGCAAGAGGAAGAGGAGCAAGUGGAGGACGAGAAAGAGGAGGAGAAAGAGGAGGAGCAGCAAGAGGAAGAGGCGCAAGUGGAGGAGGAGAAAGAGGAGGAGGAGAAAGAGGAGGAGCAGCAAGAGGAGGAGGAGCAAGUGGAGGAGCACCAAAAGGCGCACAGAAGCAUGCAGGAAGGGUGCAAGAGAAACAGGCGUGAUGCAGAAAGAAGGACUUGCUUCGAGUCAGCACAAAGCGUUCAAGAUCAGUGGAUGAGCCACGAGCGUGCAGCACCAGCUGGCGCACCCCGAGGGGAGGGAUUUACAAGGAGAGAGGCGGUGAGAAAGAGGAGGCGUGUUGAAGGAGUGGAAGAGGAGGGGUCUGGUUCCAGGAAAAGCCACCUGAGAAGUCACCUGAGGAAGCCAAAGAGGUACCUGAGUAUGAAGGUACAUUUCUUUCUGGGGAGGAGAGGUUGCCGAUGCAAGCUGAGGAAACACCUGAAGGCAACAGAGGUGGGGCACCUGGAGCAAGAAAAAGAGAUUCUGGAGGAGGAAGAGAUUCACCUCAGGCAGAAGGAAGAGCACUUGAAGCAACAAAACGAGCACCUGAGGCAGCAGGAGGAGCACCUGAAGCGUAAGAGGCAGCAGUUGGAGCUUCAGGUGAGACGCACACAGAUUCGGAAGGAUCGCCUGGGUUGCUGUUGUGUAUGUGCUUGUGGUUUGGAGGGUGGGGUUGAGGAGAGGGAUGAGGGAGGGUGGUGA